CUUCAGCGAAAGAAAGUCCACGCGAAGCCAUAUGCGCGCGUCGCGCGUGUCAUCUAACAUCAUCGUCGUCGUUCACCGACUUUAAUCUGAUUUUUAGAAUCGCCGUUGGGUUUAACCAGAGAGAUCUCUACGAACGAUGAUCAUCGAAAGAGCUCGAGUUCCGUUGAGGCGAUGGCAACAAGCUGCGGUGGCAAUGGGAUCUGCUAUCGGUGCGUUGGUAGAUCCUCGUAGAGCGGAUCUGAUCGCUGCUCUCGGUGAAACCACCGGUAAACCAGCUUUUGAAAUGGUUCUUGAGAGGAUGAAGAAGAGCGAAGAAGGAAGAGCUAUAUUAUUGGAACGUCCUCGUGUAGUGUCAGAGCAAGUAGGUCAUGCUUGGGAUCUACCAGAGAACACAUUUGGAGCUGCAUAUGCUAAAUUCAUGGGAUCUAGAAACUUCUCUCCCGAUGAUCGUCCGCCUGUAAGAUUCAUGGAGACGGAUGAAUUGGCUUAUGUUGCAACACGGGCGCGUGAAGUUCAUGACUUAUGGCACACUCUGUUUGGCCUUCCUACGAAUCUUAUCGGCGAGUCGGCUUUGAAAGUUAUAGAGUUUGAGCAAAUGUAUCUUCCGAUGUGUAUGCUUUCUGUGAUUGGAGGCACUGUGAGGUUCAAUGAGAAGCAGAGAUCAAUGUUCUUGAAGCAUUACUUUCCUUGGGCUGUUCGAGCUGGAAGACAAUGCACUGACCUCAUGUGUGUGUACUACGAACGUCACUUUAGUGAAGACUUAGAGCAAGUCCGGAGAAAAUGGGGAAUUAUCCCUGCUCCUCAACAUCUUAAAUGAUGUAUUUUGUUCCAGUUUAAUCUGUUUUCAAAUGCAUUCGAUUCACUUAGUUAAUGUCAAUUCUCUUGUUAAUGUGUAGUGGAUUCAAUUACUCUGAUGUUCAGAAGUUGUACUCGCAUUUGAUGGUUAAUAACAGACAACUUGAAGU